CCGAGCGUGGGCGGAGCACACCGGGCGGGCGGCACGCCACUUUCACGAACAUCCACCGGCGCGCGCGGCGUGGAGGGCGUGGAGGGGAGCCGGAAUCCCAAUUGCUCCCGAGCUAAGCUAAGGGAGGCCGCGGCCUUCGCCGAAACCCCUCCCCUUCUUCCCCCCUACCAUGCGCGACGCCCUCGCCUACGCUCUCCCGUCGGACCCCCAUCUCCCGUGCCUCCUAUAUGGCGAGUCGCGACAAGGUCGGGUGCUCCCCGGCCGCGCUGCCCCUCGACUGCGUCCUGGCCGCGCUCGCCGGCAACGCCGAGUGGCUCGGGAGGCAGUGGGAGGCCGCCGUCCGCGACCGGUGCGGGAAGGGAGCCCGAGCGGGUGGCGGGAAGACGGAGUGGAAAUGGGAGUUUAUAGCAAUGCACACGCCGCUGUUCUACGCCACCUGCGCCCUCGGCGGGAUGCUCAGCACCGGCCUCACCCACCUCGCGGUCACGCCUCUCGACCUCGUCAAGUGCAACAUGCAGGUGGAUCCUAGCAAGUACAGGGACAUUUCAUCUGGCUUUGGUGUCCUUCUCCAAGAACAAGGCCUUGGUGGAUUCUUCAAAGGCUGGAUGCCCACGCUGGUUGGAUACAGCUGCCAGGGGGCCUGCAAGUUUGGGUUCUACGAGUUCUUCAAGAAGUGCUACUCGGACAUUGCUGGCCCCGAGCAUGCUGAAAAGUUGAAGACUUUGAUUUACCUUGCAGCGUCGGCGUCGGCUGAGGUGAUUGCAGAUGUAGCUCUAUGCCCCAUGGAGGCUGUCAAGGUUCGAGUCCAGACACAGCCGGGAUUUGCUCGGUGCCUGACCGAUGGGCUUCCGAAGAUUGUCCAAUCUGAAGGUGCCAUUGGGCUUUACAAAGGACUGCUUCCUCUUUGGGGCCGCCAAGUUCCCUACACUAUGAUGAAAUUUGCUUGCUUUGAGACCAUUGUUGAGAUGGUCUACAAGCAUGCAGUACCAAAGCCGAAAGAUCAAUGCAGUAAGCAACUCCAGCUAGCAGUGAGCUUUGCAGGGGGAUAUAUUGCUGGAGUCUUCUGUGCUGCUAUAUCUCAUCCUGCAGACAACCUGGUGUCUUUCCUAAACAAUGCACAGGGAGCCACUGUGGCGGAUGCUGUAAGAACCCUUGGAAUGUGGGGUUUAUUCACACGGGGCCUUCCUCUUCGUAUUAUUAUGGUCGGUACUCUCACAGGAGCGCAAUGGGCAACGUACGAUGCAUUUAAAGUCUUCGUUGGAUUGCCAACAUCCGGUGGAGUGAACCCUAGUGGUGCUGCUGCUGCUGCUUUGCACCAGGUGGAUCACGAAAAGCAGAGCUGACCGCACCGAGGUGGUCUUGUACUGAACUAUCCAUAGCCGAAGUAGAUGUAUUGCUAUUGCUCUGAUUUUCGCAAGAGCUUGAAUAUAGGAGGAUGAAGUGUUAAUGCUAUGUUUAAGUUUUAGCCGGUAGAGCAUUACACUAGCAAUGGGCUUUUGUUGUUACCCCUUGAAUAACAGAAUACUGUAAUGGAUGACACUGGUCUGUUGUUCGAA